AUGGACCAACAUGCCAUUCUUAUUUUCUGCCUUGUCUUUCUGACUCUGAGUGGGACACAAGGAAUACCUCUCUCUAGAACACCACGAUGUUCCUGCAUCAAAAUUAAUGAUCGACCUGUUAAUGCAAGGUCCUUAGAAAAACUUGAAAUGAUUCCUGCAAGUCUAUCUUGCCCCCGUGUUGAGAUCAUUGCUACAAUGAAAAAAAAUGGGGAGAAGAGAUGUCUCAAUCCAGAGUCUAAGAAUGUGAAGAAUAUAUUGAAAGCCAUCAGAAAGGAAAGGUCUAAAAGGUCUUCUCAGAAGCAGAGAGAAGCUUAA